AGAGGACGUCAGCGUUUGUAGGAGAAACGACGACGCGCCGGAAGGAGCCAGUGUUAUGAAGGAAGAAUGGAGUUCCCAGACCAUAGCCGCCAGUUGCUGCAGUGUCUGAGUCAGCAGCGUCACCAAGGUUUCCUCUGUGACUGCACUGUUCUCGUCGGCGAGGCUCAGUUCAAAGCACACAGAGCCGUGCUGGCCUCCUGCAGCAUGUACUUCCAUCUCUUCUACAGGGACCAGCUAGACAAAAGGGACGUUGUGCAUCUCAACAGUGACAUUGUGACAGCCCCGGCUUUCAGUCUGCUUCUUGAAUUUAUGUAUGAGGGGAAGCUGGAAUUCGGCACUCUGCCUGUGGAGGACGUUCUGGCAGCAGCCAGUUACCUCCACAUGUACAACAUCGUGAAAGUGUGUAAAGGUAAGCUCAAAGACAAGGAGUUGUCCUCGCUGGAUGAAAAGAUGGGCGAGAGUUUGGGACUGAGCUGCCUGGACAGGGAGGUCUCCUCAGACGGCGAGCUGCACAGUAAGCAGCUCUGCCGGCGACAGGCGCACAUGCCGUCUCAGGGGCCUCGGGGCCCCCCUGCAGAAGAGUUUGACAUGGACAACAGCGAAGUCAGGCCGGCUGUCACGGAGUGUGAUCGGCCUGCGCAGGGCCGGCAGAAGGCGAACGGUCACUCUGGCAGGUCCCCGGACCUUGUCGGUGUCAAUUAUGUGUCAGCAAAGGCCGAGCCCUGCGUCCAAACAGCUGGAAAAACAAAAGCUGAUGUCAGUAGUUCCACCGUUUCGCUGUCCCAGAGGUCCCGGGCUUCAGAUGACAUGGACUGUGCACUGGAUUUAUCUUUCAAGCCUCUGUCGAGCAGAGAUCCCUUACACCCCUCCUACGUCUCGGGACAGCUGGCCCUCGACAGCCAGCAGCAGGGCACUGAGCCACUUGUUAAAGACGAACACGACUUGCUGUCAGAGCAGGAGGACAGUGAGCCGAUGAGCCCUGAGAGCCAGCGCUUUGGGAAUAGUGCCAGGAGCUCAGUGGUGACAGGGUUCGCUGCCCUCUUCCCAGGCAACAACAGCUCCACAGCCGCCCUGCUCUCCCAGGAGGAGGACCUGAUGGAUGGGGGAGGCCUGCAGAGGGAGGGAGGGCGCCCCGGCAGCGAGGAGGAGGAGGAGGAUGACGACUUGGCCUCCUCGGACAUCUCCACCUCCAGCGGGGUGCUCCUGCCCCCGGGGCAACAGGUGUGCGUGUGCCCCCUGUGCAGCAAAGUCUUCCCCAGCCCCCACGUGCUGCAGCUGCACCUCAGCUCGCACUUCCGCGAGAAGGACGGCGCUCGCUCCAAGCUGUCCCCCGACGGCUCGGUCCCCACCUGCAUGCAGUGCAACAAGACCUUCUCCUGCAUGUACACGCUUAAGCGCCACGAGCGCACGCACUCUGGAGAGAAGCCAUACACCUGCGGCCAGUGCGGCAAGAGCUUCCAGUACUCCCAUAACUUGAGUCGGCACGCCGUGGUGCACACGCGUGAGAAGCCUCACGCUUGUAAGUGGUGCGAGCGGCGCUUCACUCAGUCUGGGGACCUCUACCGCCACAUCAGGAAGUUUCACUGCGGCCUUGUCAAGACUCUCGCCAUCGGAUAA